AUGUCGUAUAAUCGAUUAGACGACGAUUAUUACGAGAGCCACCCCAUGGAGAACCGGGGGCACAGGUCGCCCUCUCCGGCGCAUCCACUCCAACACGGGUACCAUCUCGAGGACAACCCGUACGGCCAUUCCCAACUCGACAUACCUCACGGCCCUGGGAGAUUCAGCCCCGGCGACGCUCUACAAAUGCAGACAGCACAAUCCGUCGACAACCUCGGGAGCUACUCCGUCAAUCCCGAGGCGCAUCAUGAUGCGUACUUCAAUCAACCCUACGAGCCGAACCACGGCGGCCAGUCGGGUUAUGACCAACCCCCAUUCUACGAUGACGACCGGCGACCGAUGCUGGCGCACAACGACUCGCAAGUCGGCGCGACCGACCCAUAUCAUGACAAUGCCCAACAACCAAAAAAGAACAACGGGAUUAAGAGGUGGAAGACGGUGAAACAGGUGCUCCUAUACCGCGGCAAUUUGGUUCUCGACUGCCCCAUCCCCCCGAAGCUGCUGAACCAGCUCCCCCACGGCGAGCGCGACGAGUUCACCCACAUGCGCUACACGGCCGCGACCUGUGACCCCGCGGACUUCUACGAAGAAAACUUUACGCUGCGCCAGAAGCUCUUCAGUAAGCCGCGGCACACCGAGCUCUUCAUCGUCGUCACCAUGUAUAACGAAGACGAGAUUUUGUUUGCGCGCACCAUGAUCGGCGUGCUCAAAAACGUCGAGUACAUGUGCAAGCGGGCCGAGAGCAAGACGUGGGGCAAGGAUGCGUGGAAAAAGAUUGUCGUCUGUGUCGUCAGCGAUGGUCGCGCUAAGAUCAACCCUCGCACGAGGGCGCUGCUGGCCGGUAUGGGCGUAUACCAGGAAGGCAUUGGAAAGCAGCAAGUCAACGGGAAGGACGUCACAGCUCAUAUCUAUGAGUACACCUCGCAAGUCGGGAUGGUCAUCAAGAAUGGUGUCGUGCAACUGAUUCCCAAGCAGCAGCCGGUUCAGAUGCUGUUCUGCCUCAAGGAGAAGAACCAAAAGAAGAUCAACUCCCAUCGCUGGUUCUUCCAAGCCUUCGGCCGGGUCUUGGACCCCAACAUUUGCGUGUUGAUCGACGCCGGUACCAAGCCCGGUGGUAGCUCCAUUUACCACUUGUGGAAAGCUUUUGAUUUGGAGCCCAUGUGCGCCGGUGCCUGCGGUGAGAUCAAAGCUAUGCUAGGGUCCGGUGGGAAGAAUCUCCUCAACCCGCUGGUUGCGACGCAGAACUUUGAGUACAAGAUGAGCAACAUUCUCGACAAACCCCUCGAGUCCGCGUUUGGCUUUAUUUCCGUGCUGCCCGGCGCCUUCUCAGCCUACCGGUACGUGGCGCUCCAGAACGACAAGAACGGGCAGGGUCCCUUAGAAAAGUACUUUGCGGGCGAGAAGCUACAUGGCGCUGGCGCGGGCAUCUUCACGGCCAAUAUGUACCUGGCGGAGGAUCGUAUCCUCUGCUUCGAACUCGUCACCAAGCGCAAUUGCCACUGGAUCUUGCAGUAUGUCAAAUCCGCCACAGGCGAGACCGAUGUGCCCGACACGGCCACCGAGCUCAUUCUGCAGCGUCGCCGUUGGCUUAACGGUUCCUUCUUUGCGGCCAUCUAUGCCAUCGUCCACUUCCACCAGUUCUUCCGCUCGGAUCACUCCUUCUUGCGCAAGAUUGCCUUCUUCGUCGAAUUCGUCUUCAACACCAUAAACAUGAUCUUCGCCUGGUUUGCUAUUGGCAACUUUUUCUUGGUUUUCAAGAUCUUGACCACCAGUCUAGGCGACCCGACCUUACUCGGCGAUGUUGGGCGGAUCUUAGGCGUGGUGUUUACCUGGCUGUACGGCGUAUCACUUGUGACGUGCUUCGUACUGUCGAUGGGUAACCGUCCAGCCGGGUCCGGUCCGUACUACAUGGCUAUGGUUGUUUUCUGGGCGAUCCUAUUCGUGUACCUCAUGUUUGCAGCCAUCUACAUCGCAGUCCGCGCCAUCAUGACGGACUUGGAACACAACGGCUUCAGCAUUGAUUCGCUCUUCAAGAACAAAGUCUUCUACACUCUGAUCGUUUCCGUCAUGUCGACGUACGGCAUUUGGCUCAUCGCCUCAUUGCUCAUGUUCGACCCGUGGCACAUGAUCACCUCGCUGGUUCAGUACAUGCUCCUGUCGCCUACAUACACCAACGUCCUCAACGUGUAUGCUUUUUGCAACACCCACGAUAUCUCUUGGGGUACCAAAGGUGACGACAAACCCGACGCCCUCCCCUCCGUCAACACCAAGGAUGGCCAAGGCAAAACGGAUCUACCCGACGAGGGCGAUCUCAACGCCCAGUACGAACGUGAACUGCAAGUCUUCAACCGGAAACCGGUCAAGGAAGUCAAAGCGCCGACGCCCAGCCAGCUCGAGGAGAAACAAAUGGACUACUACCGUGGCGUGCGCACUGUGGUCGUGCUACUGUGGAUGAUCAUGAACUUCGCGCUGUGCGCCGUUGUGCUAUCAACAGCUGGUGUCGACAACCUUGUGCCGGAGAACGGCCAGGAUGAGGAGCAGCUGAAGAGCGAUCGCGCAAACAUCUAUUUGAGCGUGGUCUUAUGGUCCGUUGCGGGGCUGUCAGCGUUCAAGUUCUUGGGGGCAAUUUGGUUCUUGGUGGUGCGGAUGUUCAGAGGUGUCUAG